UCCGCCCUUGGAAAUCAAAGAAAAGACAAGGGCAUUUAGGUAAAACACACACUCAUAAACCUCUCUCAUCAUUGCCUUAUUUCAAUUUGCUUUGCCCUCUUCUAGCGGCUGUGUUCGGGAAAACCUCUGUAUUUUCGAUUUCAAGAAGGGGCAAAGUUGGUUUGUCCAAACAGGUGUAAAUAGGAAUAUCGUGAAUUUAGAACUCUUUUAUUGCUGUGAACGUGAAUAAUGGGACCGAGGUGGAAAGGAAAAGGGGCAGAAGUUAAAGCUCUUGCAGAUCCAAUUUCAGAAAUAGUCCGACAGUUCCAAUCUUCUCUGAUCAGCUCAAAUUCUAGAGGAAUGCUUUCUGGUACGAAUGUAUUUCUUAAAGCAGAUGCAGAGCUAACUGACCUCCUCAAUCGUGCAUGUUUUGGUAGGCCUAGGGUAACAUCAGAAAAGAAUGAGCAAUGGUUUCAGCUCUCCAUGGAAGAAGCUUUUUACCUUCAAUAUUCUCUAAAAUGCAUUACGGUCGUUGACUACAAUGACACUGAACUGAACAACAAUGAGUUAUGGAAGUAUAUGACAUCCAGGAAGGACAAGUUUCCUAUCUUAGUCAAAGCUUUUUCUCACCUUAGAAGUAAGAACUGGGUGGUUAGAUCGGGCUCUCAGUAUGGGGUAGACUUUGUUGCCUAUCGUCAUCAUCCUGCUUUGGUACAUUCUGAAUAUGCUGUGCUCGUUUUAUCAGCACAAGAUGGUAGUGCAAAUGGUCGCUUGAGGGUUUGGUCCGACUUCCACUGCACUCUUCGCCUUUGUGGUAGUGUGGCGAAAACAUUAUUGAUUCUUGAUAUUGAGCAACAACAAAGUUGUGCAGCUUCUCCAUCAUGCGUAGAUGAUUAUAUUGUUGAAGAGAGAACAAUCACAAGAUGGAGUCCAGAGCAAGGCCGUGAGAAAAAGUAAGAUGUGACUCAAGUUAAAUCUGUUGAGAUGCACCACAAAGCUCUUCAGGAGGCACCUCCCGGUGACAAUGCUGGAUUCAACGUGAAUAAUGUUGUGGUUAAGGAUCUCAAGCGUGGUUUGUAGCUUCCAACUCCAAAAAUGACUCAGACGCGGGCUUCCAGCUUCACCUUCCAAGUGAUCAUGAACCAUCCUGAACAGAUUGGAAACAGAUAUGCCCCUGCUCUCGAUUGCCACACCUCCCCCCCAUUGCCGUCAAGUUUGCUGAAAUCUUGACCAAGAUUGAUAGGUGGUCUGGCAAGGAACAUGAGAAGGAGGUCAAGUUCUUAAAGAAUGGUGAUGCCGGCAUGGUUAAGAUGAUUCCCGCAAAGCCUAUGGUUGUUGGGACCUUCUCAAAGUACCCACCAUUGGGUCGUUUUGCUGUGAGGGACAUGCAUCAAACUGCUGCUGUUGGUAUUAUCAGAACAUUGACAAGAAGGAUCCAACCAGUGCCAAGGCCACCAAGACUAUUCACAAGAAGUGCUGAGGCAGUAUGUUUUGAUUAAUGUCUACCUAUUUUUGUUUAUCUGCAUUAGAUGUUCUCAAAUUUUGUUAUGGAAAACUACCUAUCGAUGCCACUCUCAUUGCUGUCAAUGAUAUUUGGCUAACCUUUUGUUGAAGUACAAAAGUUAAAGACCA